AUGACUGAAUCUGGUGAUUCAUUUCAGUUAUGUUUUCAAUUAGAUAAUAUUUGCACAGAUCCUGAACGUUUCUUAUCGGCUAUUUCUACUUAUGUUAACAAAGUUCAUGUUCUAAAUAAACGUGUAUCAACUGCUAUUUUAGCAAAAUCUUUGUCAAAACAAGAUUUCAAGUUUUUACAAUCAAUAUAUCCUCAAAUAACUGCAAAUUUCUAUAUCGAUAAACGACAAUUACUCUCAAAAAAUUCUCAAUUAUAUUCAGAUGUUGAAGAAUAUAUUUUGUACGAUCACUUAUCGAACAAUGUGACAUUCUUUCCGGUAAAUAAAGAAAUUACAAUUUCAUUUCCACAUGAAACAUCGAGAAGACCUUGUAGCCCGUUGAUUCCGUACUGCAUUGAGCUAACAAAUGAAAAUAAUCUAAGAUUAUUAGUAUCAUCUACAUCAGAAUGUGAUAAUAAAACAAUGGAGUGGUUUAAACAAAUAUUGUUAAAAAAAUUGUCAACGUGGUGUCAGUUAAAAGAUGCAUGUAGUUCUGAGCAAACGACACUAAAAUUAAUUAAUAUUACACAAUAUCAAAAACAAUAUGAAUAUUUAAAACAAAAAUAUGGAAAAUAUUUGAUAGAAAAUUGGCAAGAACUAACCGAUCCACAAAAACACGUUCAUGAAGAUAUAGGCAAAAUUAUUUGUUCUGUUUUAGGUAUAGCAAGUUAUUUAAUAACUUAUUGGAAUGAAAAUGCAUGUAGAAAUGAAAAACCGACAUUUGUUGAUUUUGGUUGUGGUAAUGGUCUACUGACUUGUAUUUUAAAUAGCGAAGGUUAUCGUGGUAUUGGUAUUGAUAUGAGAAAACGUCGUUCAUGGAAAUUAUUUGAUUCUUCUUCUACAUCUUACUAUCGUGAAUUAACUAUCGAUCCACACAAUACAAUUCUUUUCAAUUUGUUACUAGAACAAAAAUUUUCCUAUAUCAUUGGAAAUCAUUCAGAUGAAUUAACACCAUGGAUACCAGUUAUGGCUCAACGUUUGAAUAUAAACUUUUUUUUAUUACCCUGUUGUUUUUAUGAUUUUGGUGGAAAAAAAUUUACAACAAAAAAACACGAAAAUCAAAAUGAUGCAUAUUUGAAUUACGUUGAACAAAUUUGUCAAGUACUCAAUUUUGAUGUUCAACGAGAUAAGUUGAGAAUACCAUCAACUAAAGCCAUUUGUUUUAUCGGAAGAAGAAAAAAUAUUAAUAUGACUGGGCAUUCCAAUGAUCACCAAGAAUCAAUUUCGACGUACAAUGCUCGUGACCAAAUAUUAAAACAUUUUGGUAUUGAUUUAGAUUGUGUUACAGCUGAAAAAGAAACAAAACAAUCAUCACUGAUGAUAAACAAAAAGACAAUUCUACAAAAAACAGUUAAAUCUGAUAUUGCAUUGAUUCUUUUCAAAUAUAUUUUACAAAAUGGUAGUAUAUCAAUACCAGAUGCAUAUAACAUUUUACCAAUGAAUUUGAAAGAACAAAUUAAAUCUGAACCUGGUGGACUCAAUUCUAUAAUUAAAUCUUAUAAAGAAAUAUUUUUACUAUCAAAUAAUAAUAUACAUAUUGCUGAUCCAUUAGAAAAUGAUAUGAAACAAAAACUAUCUAAAAAUGGUGGAAAUGAUCAAGUGAUGAAAAAUUUAAAAACAAAAAUAUGUUUUUUUCAUUUUUAUCAUCCAGAUGGAUGUCCGUUAAACAGAAAGAAUUGUAAAAAACAUACACUACAUAAAGUGUCUCAGUAUAAAAAAGGCAAAGAUAGUGUUCAUGUUCAAGGUAAACGCCGAUAUGAUAUGAAACAACAAGGUUUUGGUGGUCAGAAAAAGCCAGUAUUUCAUAAAAAAGCUAAAACAACAAAGAAAAUUGUGUUAAGGAUGGAAUGUACUGAAUGUAAAUAUAAAAAACAGUUACCAAUUAAACGAACAAAACAUUUUGAAUUAGGUGCUGAUAAGAAGAAGAAAAAUCAAGUCAUCAAUUAUUAG